AUGGGGUUCUGGAUGGGGCUGGCCAUGGGGGUCGCCGCCGGCGUCGCGCUCAUCGUCGCCUUCGCCCGCUGCGAGAACUCCCGCGCCGCACGCCGCCGCCAGCUGGCUGCCACGGUUGCUACUUUCUCUAAGAUGACGGUUGAAGAUUCACGCAAGUUACUUCCAGGUGACCUGUACCCAUCCUGGGUCGUUUUCUCUACUCAACAAAAGUUAAAAUGGCUUAAUCAGGAGCUCACAAAAAUAUGGCCCUUUGUGAAUGACGCAGCGUCAGAACUCAUCAAAGCCUCUGUUGAGCCUGUUCUUGAACAAUAUAGGCCUGUGGUGUUUGCCGCCCUCACGUUCUCAAAACUCACUCUUGGUACUGUUGCACCGCAGUUUACUGGUAUUUCAAUCAUUGAGAGUAAUGAAGAAGGUAUUGUUAUGGAGCUAGAGAUGAACUGGGAUGCCAAUCCAAGUAUCAUAUUAGAUGUAAAAACUAGACUUGGCGUUGCACUACCAAUACAGGUGAAGGACAUCGGCUUCACAGGAGUUUUCCGCUUGAUUUUCAGACCGCUGGUUGAAGACUUACCAUGUUUCGGAGCUGUUUGUUUUUCUCUUAGAAAGAAGAAAAAACUGGAUUUUAAACUGAAGGUAAUCGGUGGCGAUAUUUCUGCCAUACCUGGAAUUUCAGCUGCUCUUGAGGACACUAUAAAAAAUGCUGUUGAAGACUCAAUAACAUGGCCAGUAAGGAAAAUCAUUCCUAUAAUACCUGGGGAUUACAGUGAUUUGGAACUGAAGCCUGUUGGCACAUUGGAAGUCAAGCUUGUGCAAGCAAGAGAUUUGACAAACAAGGAUCUCAUAGGGAAAUCUGAUCCUUUCGCCACUUUAUAUAUCAGACCAUUACCAGACAAAACCAAGAGAAGUAAAACAAUUAACAAUGAUCUCAACCCCAUCUGGAAUGAACACUUUGAGUUUAUUGUUGAAGAUGCUGAUACUCAGAGCGUGACAGUGAAGAUUUAUGACGAUGAUGGUAUUCAGGAAUCUGAUUUGAUUGGCUGUGUUCAAGUUAGCCUGAAGGAUCUUCAACCAGGCAAAGUGAAGGAUGUCUGGUUGAAGCUUGUAAAAGAUUUGGAUAUUCAACGAGACAGGAAAGAUCGGGGUCAGGUGCACCUUGAACUACUCUAUUAUCCAUAUAACAUGAAGGAUGAGACUCCGAAUCCUUUUAAACAACAGUUUUCUAUGACCUCCUUAGAGAGGACAAUGACGAGUAAUGGAAAUGGAUCAGGGAGCACAGAUUAUAGCAGGUUGUCAUCAAGGAAGAGAAAGGAAAUUAUCCUGCGGGGGGUUCUCUCAGUAACUGUGGUAUCUGGUGAAGAUUUGCCAGCAAUGGAUAUGAAUGGGAAGUCUGACCCAUAUGUUGUGCUUUCUCUCAAGAAAACAAAAACAAAGUACAAGACAAGGGUUGUGACUGAAAGCUUGAACCCUGUUUGGAAUCAAACUUUCGACUUCGUUGUCGAAGAUGGCUUACAUGAUAUGCUAAUGCUGGAAGUAUAUGACCAUGACACUUUCAGUAGAGAUUACAUGGGACGGUGCAUCCUGACUUUAACUAAGGUUUUGAUCGAAGAAGAUUACAGCGAUAGCUUCCCAUUGGAGGGAGCAAAGACCGGGAAGCUCAACUUGCAUCUGAAGUGGUCGCCGCAAUCAAUCUUCCGUGAUUCGGGAGAAGCAGCUUAAAGUUCAGAGGGUUCACAUUGGUUCCUCUGGUUUUUGUGGGUGGAUAUUGGGUUGACAGUUGUCCAUGGUUGGCUUUCUUUCUGAUAACCAGCUGGGUUCAGUCAUCGUUUGUUCAGGUGUGAAUUAAUAGCAUCAUUUUGACGCGAUGCAGAGUUAUGGUGUGGAUAGCUCAAAUUCUGCAGUGUAAUGGCAGUGAUCAAACGAAGUUCUGUUUCCCUUGUAAUGCCAUAUGCUCAAAGCACAUCUGUAAAUCUUGUAGGAACAAAUUGAGCUGCUGGAGCUGCCGUGAA